UAUUUUUUUUCUGUUGAAGGACACAAAUGAUUGUGAUUUAUUCAGAUUGGAUUUGUUUUUAUUAAUUUCUUUGGUUUUUGUUCGCUUGGAAAUGGGCGACGAAGGUGAAACUAUGACAAACAAUGUAUCCGAAAAUAGUGAACCAACCGCGAACCAAGAUGAACUGAUUUUGGCUCAGCAGAGACAAAUCGAAAAAGAGAUAUCUGAUAAUAUCCCUUUAGUGGGGGAAUUAGACUCAGUCAUCUCUUUGAACAAAGAAUACUCGACCGAUGAUAUUUACCUUGAAAAAAUCAAAGACUUAGCUUCAAAAUAUAGUUACGUUAGAAGAACACGUCCUGAUGGAAAUUGUUUUUUUAGAGCUUUCAGUUAUGCAAUUUUAGAAAAAUUGUUGUGCGAUAAGGAUAGUUUUAUCAAAUUCUAUAAAAUAGCAGAAAAUAGUAAGAAUGUAUUAGUGGAGUUGGGAUUUCAACAGUUUACUGUAGAAGAUUUUUAUGAUACGUAUAUGGAAGUUCUUAAACGUCUAAAAGAUAUAGAAAACAUAGGUGAGGCUAAAAAAGAACUUCAUAAUGUCUUUAAUGAUCAAGGGUAUUCUGAUUAUAUGGUUGUUUACUUAAGACUGUUAACUAGUGCUCAAUUACAGAAGGAACACGACUUCUACAGUUGCUUUAUCGAAGGAGAUAGAACAGUAGCCGAUUUUUGUCAUCAAGAAGUGGAACCGAUGUAUAAAGAGAGCGAUCACAUUCAUAUUAUGGCUGCUUGUUCGGCUCUGAACACUGGCGUGCGAGUACUCUACAUGGACAGAGGAACAGGCAAUAAUGUUACUAAGCACGAUCUACCCGAAGGCUGUUCACCUACAGUGCAUUUGUUAUACCGUCCUGGUCAUUACGAUAUUCUUUAUCCAUAAUUCUUGCUAUUUUUUUAUAUGAUCAGUUUGUUAAUUUUAAUUUUUUGUGAGAGUGUUGGACUCAUUGUGGUAAUUUUUUUCAAUAAAACUUAUUGAACUAAACAUA